GGGAAAAUUGAGCAAGUAGAUUUUUCGUGUGAGAAAUUAAGAUAAAUAAUUCUAUGAUAGAAUUUCUAUCUAUGUACUUGAGUUAAUUGUUUCACUAAUUGUUAAUUAAAGAUGUACAUAUAUACGCUCAUUGUAUUUGACUUAUAAAUGGCUGAAGAUAGAGAGAUUGUGACCCUGGAGAGACAACAUCCGUUGAAAAACUUCGUGCUGGUGCACCGAGCAUUACGGCCCAACUACUUCCGCCUGCCCGCUGGCCAGCUGUGGGGCCAUGCAUAUCAAAUAUUGACGCGACUUGGAGAUGUCUUUCAAAAGUAAAUGCUGCCAAGUUUUCAAAAUUUGUGCCCGAUUUGGAAAUUCUUAUGUCCUCCGUGUUAUUCUCAAAAAGUGGGUUUGCAGAAGGCCGUUCAAUUCACACCGUAUUUGACGGAAACUUAACAUUUCCGAAAGUUAAGGAGCUAACUUUGUGGAUACAUGGGCCGUGUCCUUUUGUUGAGGUGCCCCAGCAAAUUUAUCCAGGCCCUGAGUCAAAGUAUGAACUCACACCGGAACAAGAAGUUAGCGAGUCGGAAACAAUGCUAAGGACGUUCCCAAGGAUGACCGUACUAUCACUAAGAAAUCACAUUUGCCCCGUUUUGGAAGCCGUUUUAAGAAUGUUUGAAGAUGCACAAUCAUCGCUUGAAUCUAUCAACCUUGUCGUGCGAUCAGAAUGGGUAACACAAAAAAUCGUGGCGCAAUAUCCGCUCCUGAGGCAGCUUCAUUGGAUACAAAUUCCUGUCACAAAAAUCUGGCUUGUGCUUUUCGUGGGCCUUAGCUACCCUAAAUUUCGGGAAGACGUGUAUUUCUUCCAGCUUUUACUAAACCAUUGCUCUUUAACUCUGGAGGAAUUGGAAAUUACUGAAUUAACUGCGCACAUGGACAGUCCCAAGGUGACCAUUGCCUUUCCGAAGAUGCCUCGCUUGAAAACAAUCAAGCUGGUCCAGAUGCCCUGGCCACCGCACAUUUGCUACCGAUAUUUUACUCCCCAAGUGCAGGACGAUGACCCCGCGAUACAAUUUCCAUUACUAGAAUCACUUCUCUUCGACGGAGUUCAAUGCUAUCAAUCAAGUGAGAAAUGUUACGAUCUGGAGGCUACCUUUUUCAUGAUUGAAGCUCUAUUCCCGUCAGAUACCAAGCCUUGCAAGUCGUUAAAAAUGUUGCCAUUUUUUUCCGGCCUGCACGAUGAGGUGUGGCAGGCCGACGAAGACGUAAUGCGUCUAUUACCUCCUGGCAUGGGGCAUCUGGAAGAUGAGAAGAAUCAUUUGACUCAGGCAUCACCCAGCACUAGGGCACGUUUUACGGGAAAAAUAUUAUCCAGGUUUCCCAAUUUGGAGACAGAAUGUGACGAUCGCAUCGCUUCCCUUUAGCACAAGUACUUACAGAAUUAACCGUUGUAACGUUAGAAGUAGCAGUUGCCAAGCAGUAAUACUGUCUUUAUUUCCAUUCCGAUUUUUAUUUAUGCACCGAUUCUAUACUAAACUGCAACUAGUACGAUUCAAUGUACGAUUUUCAUAGAUUAUGACCACAUUCAACUGUUCGAUAGAGGUUCACUCAAUAUUUCCACUUGACAAUGGUUAAUCCGAAAAGUAGGGAAUCGAUUAUUCACAUUUGAAUCAGAGAGAUAUUAAUUAUACAUAUCAUGGUUAGUUACAUAUUUUAAUGAAAAUAAACAGGUAUGGGUUCAUGCGUUUAUGUAUUUAUGUACAUAUAUGUCGAAAUAAAAUUAAACCGGAUUUGCGUCACGAUCUUGA